AUGCCCUGGGGUAGCAGCAUCUUUGCAGACUGUCGUGCGAGGCCGCUUCAAGCGAUUCAACUGAAAGAGACACCAGCACAGCUCAUAGAGCGUGCAAAGAUGGACGUGGCAAAUGCGCUACGCUGCAGUGUGCACGAUUGGAAGCCACCUCCUGAUAGUGAGGAUCUUUAUUGCAGUCCCCCGAGUCAUUUGGGUGGCGUGCAAUUGCACCAUGUCUAUCUACGACGCCGGCUGCGUUCCACAACGGCUAUCUUGCGUGAUGUCAUGCGAGAAGCGCGACUGCCAAGUCGACGCUAUUUGUCCAAACUUAUGCAGGUACCAGCCCGAGUCAAAACUCAUCUCACUUGUCCUCCUACGCCUCCUCUUCCUUCGCCCAUUCAAGAGUCGAAAUUCGAUGGGUGA